GAAGCCAAGAACCACCAAAGGAGAAGGAGAAGAAGACUGCUUUGCUCUUUCUCUUCCUCCUCCUCCUCUUCCCUUGUCUGCAAUUGCAGCAGCGCAAUCCAUAUCCAAACGCAGCAGCUGAAGCGGUUCAAUCCGUAUCCGCAGGGUGCAAGCAGAGGCGUAUGCUGCUCCUGGAAUCAUUUCCUUCCUACUUUCUCUCUGUUUGGCUGGGCGCCGCUCUCUCUCUCUCUCUCUCUCUCCCCUGUCGCGGCGGCUGUUGUGUUUUGCCGGUUAGAGACCGACUGCCUCGGCGGCCGUGGCGUGUCCUGUCGCCGGCGGUGCCAAAAUUUGAUCUUGGCGAGGAUUGGAAAGAUUGGGUUUGUUGGUUGCCUGGUUGGGAUUUUCGUGUUUAUAGGAAUCUGUGCGACGUAUCAGCACAGUGGUUUUGGUUCCUGUAGGAGAUUUCGAGUUCUGGUUUGAAGUCCCUGUGAUGUGAUUCUUGGCGGUUCGGAGAUCCCUUUUUUUGGGUUUGUUGCAAGGCUUCGAAAAAUUUCGCUAUCAAAGCUGUGGAAGCGAUUUUUUUUUCCAGUACAGAAGAACUGUUAGUAGUUAACUGUGGAGAUUUUGUUGGUGCUUGUCUGAUUAGUUAAAGCUCCAACCUUUAUGUUGAUGCAAGAAUUGAAGGUGGAGGUGUUCUUGUGGAUAUUAGAGACCAGCCAAUCGUGCUUGAAUUGAAUUUGCUGGAGGCUGAAUGAUGAUUGGUAGGAUAAAUCUACAUUUUGGUUGAUGCAAAGACUGAAGUGGACGUGCUUGCUCCCUGCCUUCCUGGAGUGUGCUUGGUACUAGGAUUUGAGGAGCUGUAGUUGAGGUGAAAAGAGAUCAAUGGCGUCGCUGUCAGAGAGCGAGGGGACAAAUAGGGGGCGCAUGUGGGAGCUAGAUCAGAACCUUGAUCAGCCCAUGGAUGAGGAGGCAAGCAGACUGAAGAAUAUGUACAGAGAAAAGAAGUUCUCUUCAGUUUUGCUACUGCGGCUUGCGUUUCAGAGCCUUGGAGUGGUCUUUGGUGACCUGGGUACAUCACCGUUGUAUGUGUUCUAUAAUGCCUUUCCUCAUGGAGUCGACGAUGACGAGGAUGUUAUUGGAGCUCUUUCCUUGAUCAUUUACACCCUUACCCUCAUUCCUCUUCUGAAGUAUGUUUUUGUUGUCUUGCGGGCAAAUGACAAUGGUCAAGGUGGCACAUUUGCUCUUUAUUCCCUACUAUGCCGUCAUGCAAAGAUUAGUACUAUACCCAACCAACACAAGACUGAUGAGGAUCUAACAACAUAUAGUCGGCAAACAUACGAGGAGAAUUCAGUAGCAGCAAAAAUAAAGAGAUGGCUAGAAGCGCAUGCAUACAAAAGAAACUGUCUUCUUAUUCUUGUUCUUAUUGGUACUUGUACAGCUAUUGGAGAUGGAAUCCUUACCCCUGCUAUAUCAGUUCUUUCUGCAUCAGGUGGAAUAAAAGUUCAAAAUCCGAAUACGAGUACUGAUGUUGUUGUAAUUGUUGCGGUGAUCAUCUUAAUUGGAUUAUUCAGCAUGCAACAUUAUGGUACAGACAAAGUUGGAUGGCUCUUUGCACCUAUAGUUCUCCUCUGGUUCAUUCUUAUUGGAAGUGUCGGAGCACUGAACAUACACAAAUAUAAUAGCUCUGUGUUAAAAGCAUACAAUCCAGUCUAUAUAUACCGGUAUUUCCAGCGACGAAAUUCUGACAGCUGGGCCUCUCUUGGAGGAAUCAUGCUCAGCAUCACAGGAACUGAAGCACUAUUUGCUGAUCUAUGCCAUUUUCCUGUAUUGGCCAUUCAGAUUGCUUUCACUUUAAUUGUAUUCCCGUGUCUUCUACUGGCAUACACUGGGCAGGCUGCUUAUAUCAUUUCCCACAAGGACCAUGUCGCUGAUGCUUUUUAUCGUUCCAUUCCAGAUUCCAUAUACUGGCCAGCAUUUGUCAUAGCAACUGCUGCAGCUAUUGUUGCAAGUCAAGCCACCAUAUCUGCAACCUACUCGAUAAUAAAGCAAGCUCUUGCACUAGGCUGUUUUCCCCGUGUAAAGAUAGUGCACACCUCAAAGAAAUUCCUUGGGCAGAUCUACAUCCCUGACAUCAAUUGGGUCCUUCUAAUUCUUUGCAUUGCUGUUACAGCUGGAUUCAAGAACCAAAGUCAGAUAGGAAAUGCAUAUGGAACUGCGGUGGUUAUAGUUAUGCUAGUCACAACAUUUCUCAUGGUACCAAUAAUGCUGCUGGUGUGGAAGAGUCACUGGAUUCUAGUUGUCACCUUUUUUGUGCUUUCUUUGAUGGUGGAAAUUCCAUACUUCUCGGCCUGCUUAUUAAAGAUCGACCAAGGUGGUUGGGUCCCACUUGUCAUUGCCACGGUCUUCUUCAUCAUCAUGUAUGUGUGGCAUUUCUGCACAGUGAAGCGGUAUGAAUUUGAGAUGCACAGCAAGGUCUCCAUGGCCUGGAUUCUUGGCCUCGGCCCCAGCCUUGGCUUGGUCAGGGUUCCAGGUAUAGGCUUUGUGUACACUGAGCUGGCAAGCGGCGUCCCACAUAUCUUCUCGCACUUCAUCACCAACCUCCCCGCAAUACACUCGGUGGUCGUCUUCGUCUGCGUGAAGUAUCUCCCGGUGUACACCGUCCCGAUCGAUGAGCGGUUCCUUGUGAGGAGGAUUGGGCCGAAGAACUUCCACAUAUUCCGCUGCGUCGCGAGGUACGGGUACAAGGACCUCCACAAGAAAGAUGAAGACUUUGAGAAGAUGCUCUUCAACUGCAUCUUGUCCUUCCUGAGGCUUGAGAGCAUGAUGGAGGGCUACUCUGAUUCUGAUGAGUUCAGUGUGCCUGAGCAGAGGACAGAGGGGUCCAUCAGCAAUGCAUUCCUGAUUGAGAAAACCAACAACAACAACACGAUGUGCUCCAAUGGUGAGCUGAGCUACUCAUCACAGGAUUCCAUUGUGCCAGUGCAGUCACCUCUGAUCAGGGAGAGCAGCCUGCUGAGAUACUCGAGCCAGGCCAGCCACACUGUCAGUGAUGAACUGGAGUUCCUGAACCGGUGCAGGGACGCCGGCGUCGUCCACAUCCUCGGGAACACCAUCGUCCUCGCGAGGAGAGAUUCAGGGAUCAUCAAGAAGGUGGCCGUGAACUACAUGUAUGCCUUCAUGAGGAAGAUCUGCAGGGAGAACAGCGUGAUCUUCAAUGUUCCCCAUGAGAGCUUGCUCAAUGUUGGCCAGAUAUAUUACAUAUGAAUCCAGUUCUCCAUUUGAUUUUGUGUAGGAGCCACGUUUCCAAAUAGAGCAGCUCAGUCAGUUGUACUCUUCUCCAUGGAAGAAGGGCGUGAGGUAGUUGUACAUUGGUUUUUUUUUUGUUUGUUUGUUUUCAGAUAGUGAGAGAGUAGCAACUGUAAAUUAUUAUUAAUAAACGGUUAUUGUCGAUGGGGGUAAUUAGUGAUAGCUUCUCAUGUUUUUGUUUGGGAGUACGGAUCAAAAAGUUCAGGUUAUAUUCUUUUUUUUCACACUGAGUUCAACUAGGCUUGGCCCAACAAGCAGCUGCAAUGUGCAGCGUCACAGAUGGCAAAGAAAACUU